AAAUUGUAAAGUUCUCAUGCUGAAGUGGUCAUUAAAAAGUAGAUAGAGAAAACUCAAUUUUCAGCUAGUUUUUCAUUUAAUUUGCUCAUCGCUAUAAAUUGAGGAAUUAUCGAUUAUCGGAAGACAAAGUGCUAUCUCUAUUAUUAAAUGUUCUGCGUGCAAAAACAAAACACAACACAAAAAGGAUUAUUUUGCGCGAUGAGUUAUUCCAGAAGAAUGCAUGGGCACUAGGGCACGUGGCGGAAGCCAAAUCCAGCGAAAGCGCGAUGACGGAGAACACAGAAAACGGCGCGGGCAUGGAUAGCCCGAAACUGGCGGAGCAAGAAUCAAAUCCACUCACAUCUAGGGAAGUGCCCGAAAUUAAGGUGAAGAGCGAACAGCCGGAUGCCGAGGUGGAGGCCAAGCUUCGGGCUCUGAAUGCCAAAUUUAAGGCGGAGGCUCUGGCGACGUCGCAGAGUUACAGCAAGGACAAUGGCGCUGAGUCCACGGAUGAUAGUGACGAUUCAUCCUCCGCUGACGAUAAGAAAGCUAUAGAACCCGUGAAGUCGUCCAAUGAGAUUCUGGCCGAGCUCUUCGGCGUAUUCAACGCUGCUCCGCCCGAGGAGCUCCUGGACGACAAGAACCUGCUCAAAAAGAAGAAAAAAGUCAAGAAGGAAAAGAAAGAAAAGAGGGCAAAAAAGAAGAAGCCGCUAAAGUCCGAUGGCGAGUGCAGUGACUCCGAUGCGGAGGGCAAGCACAAGCAUAAACGCAGGAAGCACAAGCACAAACACAAAGAAGACAAGGAUAAGGAUAGGGAAAAGCUUCGGGAUAAAUCAAGGGAGAAAGCUGCUGCUGGAUCUGCUUCCUCUUCAGUGGCGGCGGUUACGACAACAACAACGGGCCAGGAGAAAGAAAAGUCUGAGAACAGAAAGCGAUCCGUGGAAGAUUGGAGCAACCAUUCAGACUCGCAUCCCAUUAAGAGGGAAAGGCAGGCAAGGGAAAGAGACCGCUUUCAAGAACGUGAGCGACGGGCCGACAGAGAGAAGGAGCGGGAACAGGAGCGGGAACGCGAACGCGACCGGGAACGAGAAAGAGAAAAGGAGCGUGCCCGCUCAAGCAACAGCUUCUACAACGGGCAUCAGGAAUCAGACCGCUCCAAAGGAUCUCAAGUUGCCAAGUCCAAUUCUCGGCUGGAGCGUGACCUUUCCGAUGUCUCACUCUCCGACGAGGAUACUUACUUGCGCGAAAAGGCCUCCAACGGGCGGCAAAGGCCUCACAACAGCUUCUAUGAUGGCAAGGAGGAGCCCAAGCUAGAACCGAGAGUGGAACCCAAAGCAGAGCCGAAACGACAUGUGCGGGAAACGGAGGCAAGGAGACGUCGACAGAACAGGUCUCGAUCGCGGUCCAGAGAUCUCGGGAUCGAUAAGAAGCGGUUGCUAGAGAUUGCGCGGAAGAAUGCCAUUAGCAUGUUCAAGCGAGGAACGCUGCCAGGCGUGGCCAACAUGACGCCAGAGAUCAAGGACAAGGUGCUGGUAAAGAUGCGCUACGGCGGUCGUACGGUUCAAGAUCUGACUGACUUUUGCAAGAAGAUAUCCAAGGGCGAUGGUCUUUCCGACUUAAGUUCAGACGAGGACUCCGAUGUGGAUAAGAAUGGCAAUGCGAAGGCCUUUCACCAUCCCUUCCAGUUGAAGGAGCGCGAGCCUAUCGUAAUGCAUAUACGGAAUUCCACACCGAUUGUACCGGCAACAUCCCUGCGCGAGGAACAAACCAAGGCCAUCACCAUGCAAUUUCCAGUGUCCUCCGGGCAGACUCAUCGUAUGAAUGAGGUGUGGGUGCCGGUAGAAAGUAAGGAUAAAGUAGUGCCGCUGCCAGCUUUGCCGCCGGCGAAGCAGGCCACAGAUAUGUUCAAGGAAACGCCAAAGAACGUGUUCGCAAUGCCUUUUCCGCAACAGGAUCAAGAGGAGCCCGCCUUUAAAUCGGUAGGGGGAGUGUCUAUAGCUCCAAGUACAGCCACCACAGUGUAUCCUGCUCCAGCAGCUCCUAUGCCAGUCCCGCCACCUGUAAUAAAUGCAAAAGAUACCGCGCCUCCAGUUCCUCUUGCGCCCUUUAAGUCCGAAGUGCCAAUCCCAUCGGCCAAAGAGGAAACGCCGGCGCCUAGCUCCUCCAUUUUUCCGGAAGUUGCUCCGCCCUCCAUGGAUGUCUCGAGUAUUAUUACACAGCGUCUCAGUGCCAUUCGUCGUCUCCAGGACAAUCCUGGCGACUCUGAGGCCCUCAAGAUGAUGUAUCACGCGCAACGCAAUAUGUCGUCGUGGGCCCACUCCAAGCACCUGCCCGGACAGUUUACCGGCAGCACUGGCGCCCAGGUGAUGAAGGCCCAUGAGCUGAACAGCGGCCCACAGCUUUGGGUUCGCAAGGACCAACUGACAUCCACGAAACCGGUGACAGGCGGCAUGGGCAUGGCGCUGUUGCAAAAAAUGGGCUGGAAACCGGGCGAGGGACUUGGCAGGUGUAAGACCGGUUCCCUGCAACCACUACUUCUAGACGUAAAGCUUGACAAGCGCGGUCUGGUGUCACGAGAGGACCUUCGGCAACAGCCUAACCGUCCAACUCCCGCCCAGCGAAGGAACAAGAACGCAACCGGGCAUUUUGGGGGAGGAACUGGGCCUCCGGGUGCCGCAGUACCCGUGGUAGCGCCGCUCGUAACCCAGGAUAAGCAUCCUGUGUGUGUUCUCAACGAAUUGUCAUCGAAGAACAAGUGGACGCCGCCGCAGUACACGCUCCGCCAAGAUACUGGUCCCCCUCACUGCCGGUUAUUCCUGUUCUCUGUUGAAAUCAACGGACAGAGUUACACGCCGGAACGGGGAUGCCUUAACAAGAAGGAGGCCAAACUUAAUGCGGCUCAGUUGUGUUUGCGAUCAUUGGGCAUCCUCCCGUCUAGUUAAUGGCAGGAAGUGUCUAGUUGGUAAGUAAUUUGAAUCGUUAAAGUGUAUAUAUACAUAUUAAGGCCUAAAUCCCACUUACCUGCAAAAAGUUGAUCAUGUUAAAGACGGAACGGAGGCAUUAAAACAAGAAGAAGAAUGUAAU